AUGGAUAAACCGUUGCCGGGCUUGCCUAUGGAAGAGAUCUUCGCCAUGGCUCGCCAGGCGCUUGCUGACCUGCCGCUCCCCUUCUUCUACUACGGACGGGCUUUAACGUGGGCUAUUGCCAAAUACUACAUGACUCCUAUCGAGGAAGACGGCGAAUUGAUCGCGCCCUACACUCGUCUUUUCCACAAGCCGGCGGUGAAGGAUUGCCUUCACCCGUUCGGGUGCUACGUCGAGUACGAGCUGGUGUUUGGCUUCAAAUACGUGGGGUUGUUUCUUUGCGUGUGGAUGGGGACUCUUUGCAACCAGGACCCGUCGGGCUACAUCAUUAUGGACAUCAGAACCAGUAUCGUCAAGCAUGUGCCCGAGGUGAAGUUUCUUACAACGGAACGGCCCCCUGACCCUAGCUCUUACUAG